UGAUCUGUGGCGAUAUAUUUGCCUCCACUGUUGAUCUUUGGUGGCUCUUUGUGUGAAAUCACACGCAUUUUCUCAGUAUCUUCUCAGCUUCGUCCAAAUAUGUUCACUCACGUUGCGAUUUAUAGAGGCGUGACCAUGUCCAAGGAAGAGAACGCGAAGGAAGCCUCACCGGUGCCAACGGUGGAGAUGGCCGCGAUGGCGCUGGAGGAGAAUGUGAAGAACGGAAGCACCGGCAAGGCGAGCUUCCGGGAGGCUUUCAAGGCCUUCUCAAAGUUCGGCGACACAAAGAGUGACGGGAAGCAUGUGACACUGUCGCAGAGCGACAAGUGGAUGAAGCAGGCAAAAGUGAUAGACAAGAAGAUCACCACCACGGACACUGCCAUUCACUUCAAGAAGCUAAAGAGCCUGAAAGUGAGCUUCGAGGACUACAACAAGUUCCUCGAGGACCUGGCCAAAACGAAGGGCGCUAAUCUUGAGGAGAUCAAGAGCAAGAUGAGCAAUUGCGGCCAGCCGGGCGUGCAGCAACUUACGGCCGGGAAGGCGUCUGCCACCGUGAAUCGCCUCACUGACACGUCGAAGUACACGGGUUCUCAUCGCGAGCGCUUCGACGAGAGCGGUAAGGGGAAGGGCAUCGCCGGGCGGAAGGACACGUCAGACGCGUCCGGCUACGUGACGGGCUACCAGCACAAGGACACCUACAGCAAGACCCACUAAGGGGGAUCCUCGAGUGGGCACGCAAUGUGGACUCAAAUGCUUCUGUCGAGUAGGAUUUAAUCUGUUUUUGUUGUGAAGAUUUCUCGGCAUUUCUCAGGCUUAAACCACGUCUUUCUGGGCAGAUUUUUGUACUGUAUUUUUUCCACAAGUCCACGAGUACAAAAUAAAUUUUGUAGAGAUGAUCAAAUUGAAAUUCAUCCUCCUUUUUUCCAUAGUUGAAUUUCUGUUAUGCGGUAAGAUUGUGAAAAUUGUGAAAAUCAUGUUAAAAGUACGUAUCAAUAUCUGAUCUGUUGAUUUCUUCACGUCCCAUGCAAGUCCAUAUAGUCGUAAGAAGUGUAAGGAGUAUUUAUUGAUAAUUUUCUUAUAAUAUUUCUCUCUGUAAUCUUUUCCUAAAAUAAAAAAAUGUCUAUUUGGAAUGAUU